GGGAGAUUGAGUGCRCCAAGAAAUCGGCAAUCACUGCAACUUACCACACAUUAACUUUCCAACAGAUAUAUUAUUAGAAAACAAAAUGAUGCGGUGGCGUGACCAUACCAACACAACAACAUCGACACCCAUAACAUUCACCGUCCUAGUUUCUGUUGCAGUUCUCGGUUUCGCGAUCAUGAGUGAUUCGUCCCAUGCAUUUGCUUCCUCUUCAUCAUCCUCGAUUGUUGGGGUUGGACACGGUGUUGAAAGAAAUCCGUGGAACUCUARACUCUACAACAGUGCCUCGGUAACCGAUGCAGCCUCUACCAACAACUCUGCCGUUGACGGCGACGAAAAUGUGAAGACUUCGGAAGUCCUAUCGCUCGAUUCGAUUCGUGCCUCGUUGAUUCGACAAGAAGAAACCAUCAUUUUCGCUUUGAUCGAACGUGCGCAAUUUCGACGAAACAAGGUGGUCUACGAACCGGGAGCGAGCGGCCUCGAUUCGAUCGUGAACAGCAACGACGAGAGUUUCCUGGAAUACAUGCUUACCGAAACCGAGAAACUCCACAGCGGAUUGAGGCGUUACAAAAGCCCGGAGGAACAYGCCUUCUAUCCAGAAAAAUUGAGGAGCGAUUGCUCACAAUUCUUGAAACAGGAUCUAGAGUACGACAGCGGAUUGCUUUCGGAUAUUGGMGAUGCGUCSAAGGUGAAUUUCAACGAAAUAUUGCUGAAGAAGUACAUCGAUGAGGUUGUCCCGUCCAUUUGCGCCAAGGGAGAUGACGAGCAGCACGGUUCCUGCGUAUUGAAUGAUAUCGCCGUCUUGCAAGCCCUCUCGAAAAGAGUCCACUACGGAAAGUUCGUGGCCGAGAGCAAAUACCUAGCCGAUCCCGAGGGCUACCAAGCGCUGGUCGAUGCGAACGAUGCCGAAGGGGUCAUGAAACUUUUGACGAACGAAGCMGUGGAACUCAAGGUUCUGAGACGUGCCAGGUUGAAGGCUGCGACCUACGGAACGGARCCGUUGCUGGCGGACCUUCCUCCCCUCUACGGAGAAGAGAAGACGACCUCCUCCAUUGUUGCUGCCGCGGCGGCAUCCGCCGUCGUUGCCGCUCUGGAGGCCAUGUCCGACGUUGCCGAAGAGGAAGCCACGAACAAGGUGUGUCCGACCACGGUCGAGGCRAUCUAUCGAGACCUUAUCAUUCCACUGACAAAGGACAUCGAAGUUGCCUACUUGUUCCGUCGGUGUGGCAGGGAACCACCCCCGGAGUUUGCACCCCACCGAAUGAGCACCGACUCUCCGUAGAGACAUGGUGCCGUUCUAGAAUUUUUGGGAGCAUGCUUGUAGUUUUUAGUACGACUUUUUAUUUUAAUCACUGCAUGWURCAUAUUGUUACUUKUUGAUCCAUUUCAUUUUGAAUGACAACGCAUUCUUGUUGCUGAGCAGUAAAACUACCAUUGAUUUCCUCGCUCACUCCAAACAACUACAAGAAUACUGGUGGUUUGUAAUCYUCAACGAUUUGGUAACUUCAUUCUUUUUGAGAWUGAGCACRUUUAAUUUUCCAACGAUUUUUGUAUCUGUGCCAUGUUUUUUGUUGUGGUUGUUGUCGUUGAUCUCCCUCAGAAGGACGAGGAAUGGUGAAUUAAUCCAUCCCACAUUGCUUCUACAGUACUCCAAAAGUAAGAUUGAUUCUUUAGUAUGUGUGGCUACACAAAAAAGAAAGAAGCAUUCCAAUUGCAAAAAAGCUUGUUUCUGACUUUUGGGUGGUAAUACGACGGCAUUCUUGGAGAGAGGAAAUACGGUAGUACUAUUGAGAGUACUACUAGUAGUAGAUCAAGAGCAACAUCAGCUACUAAAAAAAACGCUCUUUUCCCCCCUUUUCCUCCGUCCCCUGUAAAAGCAAUACGUACAGUACUUGAACGUACGGUAAGGUAAUUGGGGUGCGAAGYCAUUCUUGAUCCACAGUUCGUACGGUAGAGUGCCACAAUCUUUCUCGAAAUAUUUUCUGUCCGCCCCGGAUUCACAACACCAUCAAUCCUUGCCGCAUCGAUCGGUAGAUCAUGCGACCUACGGCCCGCGGCAUUCUAUGCACCCURACGGUUUCGAUCGCAAUGACGCUGCCAACCACCACGGCGCUGUCGGCMRGUGCCCCAGGACCRCAGCCACCGCCGGUGGUGAACAAAGCACCAGCCGAUGCCGCCAUGGAAUCCACGUACCAACGCCUAGCCGAGAGAGCCGUGGGAUUGUACCGAUCCGGGAAGGGGACGGGAUUGGACGGACGGUKCUGGAUCGGGGUGGCCGGGGGGCCCGGUGCCGGGAAAAGCACCCUCGCCGCUGCGGUGGCCGAUYGCAUCAAUGGUUGCAAGUGGGCAGCAGGAGAGGGAGCGCAGAACAAUAGCAACAGCAACAGCAAMAAUGAAGAMAAYGCGAGCCCAAAGGCCGUAGCGGUUCCCAUGGACGGCUACCACUACACCAGAGCCAAACUCGCAGAGAUAUCGCAAACGUACGAACCUUCCUACGACGACGGUUCCAUGGGAAUGAGUCGGAGGGGGGCUCCGUGGACCUUCGAUGCCGAGGCACUGGCYCKCGACCUGGCCGAGGCGAAGCGCGCUGGUUCCGCGAGCCUCCCGGAAUACGAUCGMGUGCUCUCGGAUCCMGUGGAAGACGCCGUGCGGGUCGAACCCUCGCACAAGAUCGUCAUCGUCGAGGGGAACUACCUCCUCCUGGGRUUGCUCGAGGCCGAACUCGAUGGCGAUGGCAGCAUUGGCAGCAGGAAGCCMGUGGARGGGUCCAAUCUCAGCGGAAUUUGGCCGGGUGUGCGGGCCCCGUUCCCUGUCGGCCAAGAAAUAGGGCGGUGGAAGAAGACGGCGGAGCUAUGGGACGAAACAUGGUUUGUGUCUCCCCCCGACCGUUGUAGCGACCACGACAAGAAGACCGCGGUGGAAAUCCAGAGGGACCGGAUCAUCGAGCGGAGCCUGGARACKUGGACCGACUCSAAGACRAAGGCCUGGGGCGGUGGAACGGACCGCGAGGCCGCGGUUCGGAGGGCCGAGUUCAACGAUGUCCCCAACGCAAGACUCGUAAAUUGCUGCCGUACCUAUGCCGAUGUCGUCGUCGACAGCAUCUAGAACGCCGGACCGAAACGAACAGACCACGGCAGGAUUUUCGGCGCUGUGGAAUCUUCGCACCGCACAAAUAUCAUACGAACGAGCAAUGCCUGCAAGCAGCGAGCCUUUGUGGGGUCGGGGCCAAAAACCGAGGACCAUGUCUASGGUGGCCUUGCACACCAAUUCUUAACGUAGAAAUCCAACA